UUAUCACCUGGCGGGGAUGAAGACUCUACUCUGUAUUUACCUGUAUCUGAUGCAUUGGAGUGGGAUGUGUGUGAUGAGACAGAGCCCCCACCAGCAAGUCUUGACAUAGAAAACAGAUAUAUUUUUGUGUCCUCAGAAAACAACUGUUCUGCAUUGGAGAGAGCCAGCCGAAUCCAGAGCCUGGGUGGAGCUGGCACCUUGAUUGUAAAAGAAAAACUACAUGCUCCUAAACAAAAUAACACAGACUACAAUUUUACUCUUGCCUUUAUUCAGAACUCCAGUUAUGUCAAGAUCAUGGAUGGUGGGGAGAAUGUCACAGUUGGCCUUUAUUCUCCAGAGGACUCCCUCUUGCCCUUAAGCCUCGUCAUCAUUUGGUUCUUGGCUGUCUUCUCUGUUGGUGUUGGUGCCUUCUGGUCCGGGAAGGUGCGACACAAGUUAUAUUUGAGUGAGCAGUGUGGACAUGUGGGUGAAGAUAAUCCAAUGACUUGUCGCGAGCCUGCCUUGCCACAUGAAGAAACAUCCCUGAAUCAUCUGCCAAGAGCAUCUGGUUUUGUGGUGCUGAUGUGUACCAUGCUGCUCAGUCUCUACUUCUUUUAUCAUAUCCUGGUGUUUGUGAUCAUCGGCAUGUUCUGCAUUGCAUCAGGUUCAGCAGUGUUCUGUUGUUUGCAGCCUCUCAUCUCACGAAUCCCCUGUGCAACUUGCAGAACACCAUACUUCAACAUCUAUGUUGUCCGUGGAACUCUAGAAGUUCGCCAGAUCCUCUUGUUGAUAUUCUCCUUUGGGCUGAGCAUUGUGUGGGUCGUGAUGAGAAAGGAGCCAUGGGCUUGGAUUCUCCAAGAUAUUUUAGGAAUUGCAUUCAGUAUCAAUGUACUUAGGGUGCUUCGGUUACCAAGCCUUAAGAUCUGCACCAUCCUGCUCUGUGGGCUUGUUAUAUAUGAUAUCUUCUUCGUCUUCAUCACCCCAUUCAUUACAUCUGAUGGGAAGAGCAUUAUGGUAGAAGUUGCCAAGGGUGGGACAAGCCAAGAACAGCUGCCCAUGGUACUCAAGGUGCCCAACUUUGCCUUCCUUGAGAUUUCCAACAUUUGUCAUAUAACUGAUAAUUACAACCUUCUUGGCUUUGGUGAUAUCCUUAUCCCAGGUCUUCUAGUGUCAUUUGUCCACUCGUUUGAUCUGCAAAUUGGCACGCCAUGUCAUCUUUAUUAUCUGGUGAAUGUGAUUGGUUAUGGAACUGGGUUGGUGGUGACAUUCAUUGCAUUAUGGCUGCUGAAUGGUGCCCAGCCAGCCCUGCUGUAUCUAGUACCCUUCACUCUCAUUCCCACCUACAUUGUGGCUGCUAUCAGAGGAGAGGUUGUAGCCAUGUGGCAUGGAGACUCUGAUAAGGUUGUGAGCCAGGGUUUAGAGAAGAAGGUUCCUCCCAAGUUUGAAAGCGGAGAGAGUGACAUGGAUUCUCCAGAAGAGGGUGUUCCCAAUGGUUCUGCGCAAAUCGUUACCUGAUUCCCAUAUGUGCAAGCUGCCAGUGAACUCCAUCAUAAGCCGUCAGUCAACUCAAAGAUUUUGCAUCAACCUCAAACACCAGGAUAGUAACUAGAAGGGAAACAGUCAAAAUUCUUUCCAAUUGAUUUAAAGCCUUGAAGUUUAGUGGGAGGGGCUGUUCUUUAGAUGGUUGAAAGAGUGAGACAUGGUUGUAGUUUGCCUUCCAUGGACAUUUCCCAAGGGAGGUCAGCUGCAUAUCCAUCAACUUUUUCAUUGGCUUAUGAACCUUUCAUAAUGAAAAGUUAUCAUCCAAAUAAAGAUAGGUAGCAAGUAUACCAUAGCAGCCACGGGUUUUUCACUUCAUUAAUGCUUAUUUACAUGUAGUAGGUAAAUAAAUAUGUAGGCAUUCACAUGUAUUUGUGUAUGUUAUUCAUCUUGAGAAUAUACGUAUCUACUGUUUCCCAGCUUAGAAAGUGUUACCAGACUGAAUAAGCAGUUAUUCCAUUUUUUAGUGAUUUACAAAAAAUAUACAAGACUGUUUCAACACAGCCCUCAUGGAGGGAUUUUCAUUCAGAGAGUUAUUAAGAUGCCUUGUACAUUUUGUGUGUAAACAACAGUUGAUUUUUGACCGAGACAUAAAAAAUGAGAAAUGUUUUAACUUAGUGUGAAUGCAGAUGUUCAGUCUUUCAAACCUGUGGCACAUAAGUAGUGUCUUCCUUGAUCAAAGAUGAGGAGGUAAAGAAAGAAAUUCAUCCUUUAAGACUGCUCAUUGUGUCUCAGGUACCUGCUGUGCAACAGUAAGGAAUCUUGACUGUGGUUCAUGUAUAUCUGAUUUACUAGAGCACCUUGAGAUUUACACUGCCAUGUGUUAGCUCAUAAGACAUAACCCAUGUAGGACACACAGCAUACUGUUUUCACAAAUGACUGAUGAAGCUUGAUGUAUGGAGAAUAAGUUACUAUGUCUGAAGCAGUUCAUAGUUAGCUCUCAGUUUGUAGAAGAAACCUUAGAUAACAUUUCAUUCUGCCCAUUAACAAGUUAUAAAGCAAUCACAUAACUUGUCCAAGAUGGAGCAAAGCUUUGUCUAAAGUUUUUUCUAUAAACUUGAUGUAUGGCUGGUGAGCCAAAAUCCACACAUGCUCAUGAUAUUAUAGUGCAUUUAUGUACUGUCUUGUUAGGUAUAGGUGAAAUCUCCUUAACACAUCCUAGUGGCUUUUAUAUACACUAAAGAAAGUGUCCUGCUUGGGCUAUGGUUAGGCAUAACAUUGUUGUAUUCAGUUUUUAAUUUGGUGUGAUUUUUCAAAAACAAGUGCUUACUAGUAAAGAGUUGUUGGUAUAUUGCUAAAUUUGAAAUUGGCCUGUAAGUUAACCUGUCUGUGUUUGUUUUCAUUCUGAGGAAUAUGAAUAAUGUGAAAUAUCCCCAGGAAAUAAAAUAAAGCAUGGAGGUAAGAGCUACACUAAUGGUAGGUUAUUUGAUUUUAGAGGGACAUUUUGUCUGUGUUUUUGAUAUGGGCCUGUGACUUUUCUUGAGCUUUUCAGCUUCUCCCACUAAUAAAUACAUGUACAAUUCUCACACUGCAAUUUUUAGAGCCUCAAAAUUAAUGUAAUUUGAGCCAAAAUAAACCACAGUAUGGACACUUACAUUGCAAAUUUUAGAAUGCCUCAGAAUUAAUAAAAUUCGAGCCCAAAUAAAUUUUGCUAAUACAGUAGCUUCAGAAUUGCAUGCAGUGAGAUUCAUAGCUUGAGGCAGUGAGGUUUGCUAGUCUACUCUGUGAUUCCCACUCAACUUAAGAAUGAAUGCUUAGACAAGAGUGAAAUGGUGUCAUUAGUUUUAAUAAAAAGAUUCAUUUUUGUGGCUCUGUUCAUGUGUCAUUAUUUUUUUGGGGCUUUUUAUUGGUAGUUUAAUAAAUAUUUUUUUCUGGGUUGGCUGUUUACCAAAUGCAUUCAUACUUUGUGUAUAUUCAUUUUAUGUGUGUAAUUUAUAGAGCUCACAUUUAUUUGAUAAGAGAUUUUUCUUAAAUGCUGUAGCAGACAUCACUAGCCACUGGUUAGGUACUGGACAUGUCAGUGUGAGGUACAGUAUACACUGGUUAACCCUUAAACUGUCCAAACGUACAUCUACAUUUGCGCGCAUAGUGCUCCAACCUUGAUUUUCUCCAUAAGAAAGAAUGUAAAAAAAAAAAACGUAGAUCUACGUUCAGAGCGCUUCACGAGCGAACGUAGAUCUACGUUUGGACAGUUUAAGGGUUAAGAAAAACACGUAAGCAAACACUAGGACGUAUUUAUUAGAAAAUGUUUCGGUCCUGAGACCUUGUUCACUUCUAACAUACAGAGGUUGAAAGACAUUAUGUAUAGGCAGAGAGUGAGGUGUGAGUGAUGCAUGGUGAUCUGAAUAAUGCCAUGUUGGGAUGAGGACAGGUAGAUGAUGAGAUCAUAGGACUCCUGUGUCAUCGUCUACCUGUCCUCAUCCCAACAUGGCUUUCUUCAGGCCACCAUGCUUCACUCACACCUCACUCGACGCUUAUAAUGUCUUUCAGCCUCUGUAUGUUAGAAGUGAACAAGGUCCCAGGACUGAAACAUUUUUUAAUAAAUAUGUCCUAAUGUUUGCUUAUGUGUUUUUCUAAACCAACUUGUUGGUAUUUAUUAUCAAGGUUUAUACCACAGUAUACACUACAUGCCAACCCACCCUCAGUGAUAGUCCAGCUGCUGCCUGCCUUUACAUAUAUGUACUGUACUGUAUACUGUAUCGUGGCUUUGUUCUGUGUAUUAAACAAUAUCUAAUAGUGUUUGUAAGUGAAAAGAAACAAUACUUAUAGUACAAUAUUGGAUAAAUAUUCUUAGUUAGCAAUAGAUGCAAUUAGAUAUGCAAUAUUAUGACUAAAGAAUGCAUCUUUGAUUAAAACCUGGAUAUCGGUAGGAAAAUAGUUUCCUGGUUCUUAACAUUUGACUUACAGUUUUUGGAAUGAAUUAACAUCAUAAGUGACUGGUGGUGGGCUGGUGUCAUACAGUACACAUUUUUUUUGUUAACAUGCUGGCUGUUUUCCACUGAGGCAGAGUGACCCAAAUAAGAAAUACUUUCACCAUCAUUUACACCAACACUCUUGCCAGACUUGCACAGAUAUGACAGUACACAUAUGCUGUUUAAAUUAUCACAUCUGCACAUGUAGAUAUGAAAUGAAAUGACACCCUCUUCGUGAUUGACACCCUCUUCGUGAUCAAAGAACCAGACACUUGUAGACAAUACAUAUAUGCCAUGAAGCAUUAAUAAUCUUCAUUUAAGACAUGGUUACACAGAACAAAGGUAGCUUCUUCAUCCCUGAAAUAUAACGAUAAACUCCAGUGUCACCUGACAGCUAGAAAUCACUUCUCCUAUUACCAGCAUGGGACAGUGGGCAUACUUCUGAAUCUUAUCAUGUUCCCUUUAUAUACCCUCUCUGUCCCUUGUACAUGUUAUGUUUAUAUUGGCUUGGUAAAGCUAGAGAGCAAACCAUAGCUGUAAUAAAUCUCUCAUUAGUUGCUCUUGGGUCGUUUGGCCUAAGUAUUGUAAGUAAAUUUUACCAAUAUUUAUACUGAAUUAAUCGUGAAGAAAAACUUUUUAGACAUUGAACAACACUUCAUUACAAUAACAAAAGACAGGGAGAUAUAAUCAUGACAUAGAAAAUACUGCAGCAUUGACAGGAUGGAUUGGGAAUAUAUUUGGCAUGAGGGGGGAUAGGAGCAAAGGGGUAUAGAUGGAAGCUGAAAACCAAGACAAGCUACAAAAAUGUUAAAGAAAUAUUUUUUCAGGUAAAGAGAAGUGAAAAAUGAAAAAACUAUAUACAGUGGACCCCCGGUUAACGAUAUUUUUUCAUUCCAGAAGUAUGUUCAGGUGCCAGUACUGACCGAAUUUGUUCCCAUAAGGAAUAUUGUGAAGUAGAUUAGUCCAUUUCAGACCCCCAAACAUACACGUACAAACGCACUUACAUAAAUACACUUACAUAAUUGGUCGCAUUGGGAGGUGAUCGUUCAGCGGGGGUCCACUGUAUUGAGGUUGAAGUGUCAAGAGUAAAUAUGACCCUCUGAAAUAACUUUUCUGUGAGCAUUAUACAGUACAGAGCAUACAAAUGUAAUGCCAUUGCUUUUUUUAAAUGAAUCGUAAUGCAGAACUUUUUUUUUUUUUUAAAUGUUUUUUCUUUAUAGCUUAUGAAUGCUAGUGCUCUACAUGAAACAAAUAUUUUUAUUUAUGCACUAGAUUAGUUUUCUAUUGGAACUGGACAUUAAUAACUUAGGGAUAACAAAAUCUACUAGAGAGGAAGCUGCUGCCUUAAUUUUACACUACUCACUGAGCAUAGUUUACAAUUUUGGUACUGACUCUUAUUAUUAUUAUUAAUUAUUAUUAUCACACUGGCCGAUUCCCACCAAGGCAGGGUGGCCCGAAAAAGAAAAACUUUCACCAUCAUUCACUCCAUCACUGUCUUGCCAGAAGGGUGCUUUACACUACAGUUUUUAAACUGCAACAUUAACACCCCUCCUGACUCUUGCGGUGGUUGUAUGCAAAUGUUACAUAAGGAUUCAAUUAUGAUUAGUGAUAGGUUAAGAAGCAAGUGUGGACCUGGUGCAACACACGUGGUACUUUAUAUGCAAUAUCUUUUUACUUUAAAAUUUGUUCUUGCCUUUAAUUACUGAAAUUGUUAAGUAAUAAAAUUGUGCUAAUGAACUGAAAAUUAAGAAAUGACAUUUCUUUUGCUCCAUUAAAGUAAUUGUUACAUGUAAAAUGGGCUGUACCCCUCCCCCAUUUCACAACUGGGAACCCCAAGGGCAUCAACCCAUUUUUGCCCGAAUGUUAACCCUUUGACUGUCGCGGCCGUAUAUAUACGUUUGUGAGGUACCGUGUUUGACGUAUAUAUACUCAUAAAUUCUAGCGGCUUCAAAUCAGGCAGGAGAAAGCUAGUAGGCCCACAUGUGAGAGAAUGGGUCUGUGUGGUCAGUGUGCACCACAUAAAAAAAAUCCUGGAGCACGCAGUGCAUAAUGAGAAAAAAAAAACUCCGACCGUUUUUUUUUAAUUAAAAUGCCGACUUUGUGGUCUAUUUU